GCACAGGGCAGGGAGGGGGAGCGGAUGGCAGGACUUUGUUUCUCUGGUACCUUCGAUCGAGUGGAGGAAUGAGGUAGCGUAGGGCAGGACGUGCCUUGGCUUUCUCGAGAAGAUCACUAGUAGUAGGUAGGCAGGUGGCCGCCCGGUUCAAGCUUUCAUUGCUGAACGCCUGCGGCAUUGACCCUAGGUGACAGACAACCAACCAGCUCGGUUGUGAUAAACUGUCGAAUGGGAGGAAAUCGAGAGGCCGAAUGAAUGUGACGGUCUGCGACGCAGUUCCGGUCUCUAUCUGCCUCACCUCACCAGUAUAUCGAAGGAAAUGCGGCCUGCAGGGGCCAAGUGUGUCUAGGCUGAGCCGGUGUGCCGGGCUCAGUGGCAUCAACCGCCGUCUGCAUCCUCGGAUUAUCUGAAUGGGGACUUCGGUCUUCCUUUGGGUUGCGUGCCGUGUGGCUGCUCGCGCACCAAGGAGGGAUGGGCGGAUAUCUCUCGCAACCCUCUUCCAACCGCGUCCCAGCUCGUCUGCCCUGCAACAAAGUAUGCCCAGAACAUUCAAGGCGUGUUCAGGGCCAAUCCGAGGAUGCCGUGUCAUUCAAGACGAAGGAACGUAUUCACGCUACCUAAAGCAGCUUCUGUCUGGACUUUGUUGUGUAUGCCCAUGUGUGCGUACUUGGGGGCCGCAACGCGCAGGUAUGGUUGUGAACGGCGCUGCCCGUCUGUCGUCGUGGCCAUGUCUCCCGCCAGUCCCGGCCGGGGAAUGUUGACCGCCUUGGUCAGACUGUGGAUGAAUUGGCUUGGCUUGGCUUUGCCUGGUACAAAGCGGGGAUGGGCUGUUGGAAGCAGAAGUGAAAGAGAAACAGACGCACCACACCACACGACCGUUCACCUUCUA